AUGUCUCAACAACACGACAUCGAGACCGCGAACUACAGUAAAGUCUUAAGAUACCUCGAGAUCAUAGACUUUGGCCUGACCGGCAAUACAUCUGCACCACACCCAUCCACAAUGGAUGGAGUCAUGGAAGCCUUUAGUCUGAUGGCUCCUUCGAUGACUACACCAAUGGUUUUCCAUGUGAUGGCAGAUACCAAGCUACUAUACCCGGAGCUGGAAUACUCAGAAGAAGAGAAUGAAAAGCUGAUGGAGUUGUCUGUUUGCGAUUGUGGGCGCAACAUGGACGAAAAGAGCAGAUGCUUUUCGUGUGAGAAGAGAACUUGCAAGAGCUGUUGCUACUCUCUACUAGACGCCUGCACGAGGAUCGACGAACCUGAAAAUAACGACGAGUCCCAUAUGCAUGCUCGUCAUAGAUCUCUAGCUGCCAAGCGUGUCAGAUUCCCCUGCGAGGAAUGUAGCACCGAUAUUCAACUGGAUGAUGGAUACUGCGAAUGUGAUGAUGUGCUAUUUGGUCAACAUCACGGCUGGGACUUCGGGGCGUACUGCAAAGAGUGCAUGCCAGGAGUUAUGGACGACAUGGCAAGGCCGAACACAACGGAAGACGGCUUCCAGAUUGUUCAAGAGCGAGGAGCACGACUCUACGAUGAGUACACUUGCGACUGCGGAGAACCCCGUCGUGAAGGCGUUCAACUAGGUCCAUACUGCAAACUAUGCUGGAAACUCUGCCAACCAUAUAACCUGGCAGUUGAUACCGAUUCGGAAGACGAGGAGGAGCCGGACAAAGAGUAUUGCCCAUACUUUAUUGAGUAUGAGGAGUUCGACCAUGACACUCCAAAAACUGUAGCAGAAUUCGAGCAGGAAGCAGACGAGAAGUGGGCUCAAGAGGAAGCGAGGCUGGAACGAGAAGCCGCAGCAGCAAGAAUCAGGAAGCCGGAUUGUAGAUGCGCAUUUUGUCGUUGGAGUGUCGGAAACGAAUGCCGGGGAAACUUUCCGUACUAG